AUGUAUUGGCCAUGCGGAGUGCCUCAAGUCUUCGCAUACCAUGGUCCCACGCCAGAGGCCGGUGAGCAGGAGACGAAGACGGCACGAGUGAACGACAACGACGACACAGCAGAUGGCGAUGGGGUUAUCGACCAGCAGUCACACUCUAUCAUUGACGUUCAAGCUGCACGUAGUGAUCAUCUCUUCGCAACCCUCACUCAAUCCAGGCUCGAUCUAUGGUCCACGCGCCCAGUUGUUCUCUUAGCCUCACUCGCCAGAUCUUCAAGGUCGCUGCAGAAGUAUGGGCACAAUGUCUCUGUGGUCUUCAAGCCAGACGCGACUACGAUCGUUAUUCGCACCAGAGAAAGCUAUUUGAUCACGUAUGCUCUCGAAGUCGACCCAAAUGCACGAGUCCUGCAACAACAGUAUGGGUACAGCCAAGCGAAACGCCAAAACCUGAUGCGAAACUUUGGUAUCGACGAGACUGCGGGAGUUGGUGAAGUCUUACUCAGAUUUCGCCGGGCAAUCAAGAUAGAUGCUGGGAUCAACUCCGUAAUUGCCUUGGAUUCAGAACUAAUUGUGGCAACAACAAAACCAGCGGCUGUGCAAUGUAUCAAAUGGGAGACCCAGAAGGACGGGUCUCAGGCAGUCGCGCAGUUGUUGACGAAGACGGAUUGGACAACCCAGCGUUCCGCGAUCGCAACAUUGGUGCACGACCGGGCAAUGAAUCUAUCAGUGUGGCUAUCCCAGGAUGGACAUGCUUAUGCUGUCCAACGAAUUAAGCCCCAGCUGUCAAGGGCAGCAUCUUCAGACGACUCACUCCCGUCAUCGAGAUCCUCUACUACACCUUCGACACGACUUUUCGACGGCUACUGUUUCCACAAACCGGAGGCCUCUUCGCGAGCGAAAUUUGCCAGCAUCAAUGCUAGGUUCUCCCUAAUUGCAGUCGCCACUACCUCUGGGGAAAUUAUAUGCUACGCCGCAAAGGAUUAUGUUGGCAAUAUUCCACAGUCUCAUACCUUCAAAGCAUCCUCGUCGCCAACAUCUCGUGGAACAAUAAAAUGUUUGAUGUGGUCACCGGACGGAUACUGUCUCUUCGCCGGCUACGAACACGGCUGGUCAACCUGGUCGGUGUUUGGAAAGGAGGGUGCUUCAAGCUUCCAUAUGAAUCCUACUCAUGCAGAGACCAACAACGAAAGCUGGCUGUUCUCCGUUGAGCGAGCCAUCUGGAUAAGCGGUGGAGCCGAACUUCUCCUCACAUCUUAUGACGACGACCGAAUAUGGAAACUUGAGAUGUCGCGCAGCGCAGCUAUAGGCUGCUUCUCAUGCGCCAACCUUGUUCGAGCUCUCAUUCAGACGCCGCUAGAACUCACUGUAUAUCGUGGCCAUGAACUUCCGGAUCUGACAUCCAUAUCCAACGAGGCCUCCCUUUGGCACCACGCGCCGUAUCCACCAGUCUACUUGCACAACCAAUGGCCCAUCAAAUCAUGUGUCAUUUCGCAAGAUGGCAGGUACGUCGCCAUUGCUGGCCGGCGAGGACUCGCCCAUUACAGCCUCCAAAGUGGUCGCUGGAAAACAUUUGCCGACAUAGCUGUCGAGAACUCGUUCGCAGUACGUGGAGGGAUGUGUUGGUUCAAUCACAUCCUUGCAGUAGCGACCGAACAUGCAGCUGGCUACGAUUUGCGCCUUUACUCUCGCGAACUCGAUCUCGAUCGCCUCCCACUUCACAGCGAAGCAUUCUCCAUGCCCAUUGUGUUUGUAGGUCCUUCAGGUGAAGACUCACUGCUGGUAUACACCUACGAGAACGUCCUCUACCACUAUAUUUUGAAUAUAACUGACGGAGGUGCACAACUCGUCCAAGUCGGCCAAAUAGCUUUUCAUGGCAUUGUUCGAGCACCCAGCCGAGUUCGCUCCGUCAGUUGGGUGGUCCCCGACGUGCAACUUCGGAACGGCGACCCUUCUCGAGACGUCGAAUACGCCACUGUUCUUUUCCUGGUUGACGAUAAGUUGGUCUUAUUACAAUCGUCACGAAACGAGAAAGAUGAGCUGAAGUACGAUAUGCGCGUCAUUGCACAACACGUUGAAUACUAUAUCCUCAUGCGCGACCAGAUCUAUUUUAACUUCGACAAGCCUGAAGAUUCUGCACCACCAACACCAUCACCCGGCGGCGCCUUCACGUUAAAAAGUCAACACCAUUAUUCGAUGCGAGACUCCCUGUGGAUAUUCAGUGGCGAACAGCUCCGGCUGUGGCCUGAUGUGCGGGACUUGCUUCACCAUGCCGCAGAGGGAGAUCUGAGCACCUCAUCAUUCCUCGCCAUCUCGGUCGACUUUUACCCGCUUUCCAUCCUGCUCACUAAGGGUGUCGUGCUUGGUAUCGAGUCUGAGGUAUUACAGCGAAGGGACGUCAACUUUGCACAGUUUCGAUCGAGCAUCAGGACACAACUGUUUCUGCCUUACGUCCUUCGUCACCAAUUGUGCGAAGAACACGACACUGCCGCUGCUUUUGGGCUGGCGAACCAGUAUCAGCAUCUGUCAUACUUUCCCCAUGCACUCGAGAUUCUCCUGCAUCAUGUACUCGAUGAUGAAGUCGAAAGAACCCGAAAUGGCGAACACAAAGAUGAUUCGCCUGGGCCAUUACCUGCUGUCCUUUCAUUCCUACAACUAGUCCUACCUCCGACGACAUAUCUUUCCACCAUUGUUCAAUGUAUCCGCAAGAACGAGCUGACUUCGUGGAAGACAUUGUUUGCUCAUCUCCCACCACCACUCACCCUCUUCGAGCAGGCAUUGGAGUUGGAAGAUCUCAAGACAGCUAGCGGAUAUCUUAUAGUCCUGCAAGGGUUGGAGGAGGACGAGGAGUCGGACGAUAAUCAUGACGGCAGCAAUUUCGAGGAAUAUGUGAUCCGACUGAUGAGGCUGGCUCGACAAAAUUCCGACUAUGAAAUGUGCUCGGAUCUGGCACGAUUCAUGAUGGGCGUUGAUCCAAGGGGCAAGGCCUUGAAGAGAGUCAUCGCUGCCGUUGGCUUUGGUAGUGAACCAAGUCAAAUAGAACCCAAACGAACAACAUCGGGCGGGCUGAGGAUCUCUACGAACGUCGAACCGGGUGAAAGCCUGGAAAGAAGUGCCUCGAGGCUGAGUCCUGCGAGUGGUGGGGACUAUUUUUCAGCAUCCCCUGGAGGCCUUUAG